UAAUCCAUACACCAAGCGUGUGGACCGCAUCGGAUACAUCCCACUCCCUUCUCUCUCUCACUUCCACCUCUUUCUCCGCGCUCACACGUGCAGCCGCUCGUCGAUCUCCGAAUAUUCGCGGCCGCAGUACUUGACGGAUAAGCGGCAGCGACGCUCCUCCUGUUGCCCGCGAGCGCAAGACUGAUCUAACGCAUCGGACGCAUAUAGACACACAUACACACAGGUGGAAGGAACGCGGAAGGUAGAGUACCUUGGCUGUACCGUUAGGAGUGCGCGCGUACGGUACAGGUGCUAACGACCGACACGCGGCGGCGCAGGAUACAGUGACUCUGGAGAAGCUCGAGUGCGCGGAGUAGUUUCGAGGGACGAAUGUGCAGCAGCGCUUGUUUUAUUCUCGUCGAGCUUGAUUGGUGUGCGCCUUAUUUGCGUAUAGUUUGCGAGAGGGUUCAUGGGUCGUUGGACUGACGGGAUGGCCAGGAGAGCCGCUGGUUGACGCGCAGGUGCGCCUGGGACUGGUUCUGUACUCAGAGAGGUUUUCACGUACAGCAGCGAUCUCUCCUUAAAAGGGGGGAGAUCGAGCGAAAGGGUGGAGAGAGAAAGAGAGUACACCAACACACAGAGCAGGAUCAGCAAGUGACGAGAAAAUGAGCAGGCGAACGGCGCCGCUCGUGAGUCUGAACUCGUGCGAGCGGAUCAGGCCGGAGAGGCCGCGCAACGCGAUCCAGAGACUCGUCUGGGUGCCCGGAUCGCAGUUCCAUGUCGGAUUCGCCGGUGGCGUCGGCGAGGACGAGGGCUCGAACCCCAGGAUGGCUCUCAGGAGGUUACUACGUCUAUACGAGGGUCGUCAGUACCGCGAAGCAGCGGGUUUCCUGAUGCGGCUGCCGCAGUACACGCUCAGAGCAGCUCUGCCGGACAUCCCGAUCGACUUGCUAAUCGACACGCUGCCCCACAGUCUGGUACUACUGGAGGCACUGUACGCCAGACUGCUGGAGCUGGGAGUGCGCGACGCUCAGGUGCUCAGGCUCGAGCAGCUACUCUGGAAGGUCGUCGGUCUACUGUCCAACACACAGGAUCACUUUCAUCUGAGGGCCUGGGCCAGGCUCUUGUCUGCUCUCAACAGGGCAGCCCCGAGCGCGCGAACCGCCCUGAUCUCAAGACGGCGCGCCCUGGAGAGAGCAGUCGAGGGUCUCGGCAAACACGGACUCGUACCGGCCAACAAAACUUGCGGCGGCUCCAGCUCCUCAUCCGGCGAGUCGGUAUCACCGAGCAGUUGCAGCACGUCGAAUCUCGUGCCGUUACCGGUAGCGCUUAAAGAGCAGCUGGAGAUGCGCGCCGAGGCUUACAAGCUCGCCCUCCACAAGAUCGAGAGCCUCGGCAAGCACGCGGGACUCCACAAAGGGGAUCAGGGAGUACAAGCGGCCUCGCACCAGCGUCUCCUCGGACUGAAGUACAGCGAGGUGCAGCAGCGCCUGAUCGACAACCAGAGCUUGCUCAACACUUUGGAGAGAACGAGGGACGAGGAGUUGGACAGGCUGCUGGUGGAGCUGAAGGCCAGGGUCGAGCAGGACAAGGAGGCGUUGCGACAGUGGACAGCCCUGAGAAAGUGCGAAGCUGGCGCGCAUCAGAAGGAGAGUAACGCGGUCAGCGAGUCGAAGAAUACCCAGAGUCUCGCGGCAAGAUUGCUGCUGUUCUCCAGAGGAUGUGCUAUGGCGUUGCAACUCAUGAACGGAGGCGACUGUACUUUGGACUCAAACAACAGCUCGACUAUGGGCGAGUACGACGAGGAAGAGGAAGAAGAGGAGGAGUCAUCGAGCAGCGCCGGCUACCACACGGACGAAAGCUGUAGCCCGACACCGGAACCUAAUCGCGGAACGACUCAAGGCGAGACGCUUCAAGGUCUCGCGUGUCCGGACGUCACUGUGGAUCGACUUCGCGAACGAUACGCCGCUUUGUACUCCCAAGCGAAUCUCCACACUUUGGAUGCGCUGGACAGCUUGGAGCCGCUCAAAGACGCGCCGGAGUUGAAAGCCAAGAUUUUGUACUCCAUCGUUGUCCUGUCCUGGCGUUUGGCCGGGAUCCUGCAAGCCUCUCGUCGCAUCGAAGCCCUGAAAGUCUUAAACGGCGGUAACUCGCAGUCACAGGCGUCCGCGCCGCCGGACCUCGAAGACUGCAUUCGCCGCCAGCUGGCUACCAUCGGGGCGCAAUCUGGAGCUCGAGAAGUCGCCCAUCAGGUCACCAGCCAGCUCGAACGUACGCUCCACGAUUUCCCCUGUCUCAGGAACAGCGCAGAGGUGAGGAAGUACGCACUGUCGUGUUCGCGAUUGGCCUGGGUCUGUCUGGCACGUACCACACCGCUCGUUCUCGACGUCGCCCAAGGCGUCGAGUUCCGACGCGAAGUGCACGCUAGACAUCACUCCUCGCCCAACCCCAACGGCAGCAGGAUCAAGGCCGUUCUUUGGCCUGGACUACGCGAGGGAUGCCAAGGACCGUAUUUACAUCGAGCCGUCGUUGUCACGUGCUGAGAAUGCCAGUCUUCUACUGUUUUGAUUGUUUUGAGGUUUUAUGACGAUUAUAACGAGGCUGUCCCUGAUUAAUGUGUGGAGGCAGUUAUCUGAGAAAUAGCCGGCUACGAAGGUCGCUUAUUUCUCGUGAUAUUGUUUGUUUUUAUUUGAUCAAUAUUUUUCUAUACCGUGUAGAGAGGAUUUCGCAACGAAUAGAAUAUCGACAUAUUUUAUAAUUAAUUGUUUGAAAUAAAAUUAACUUAUUACUUUUUCUAAAUACUUAUACAUUUAGAAUCGUCAUGUAAAUAAUUUAGCGAAAUUCGUCGUAGGGUACUUCUUAAAAAUAUUAUUUUUUAAUAAUCUUCUUCGAGAACGUUGAUUAGUUAUGGUGAUAUUUUAUUCUUUAAAGUAUUCAUAUAAAAACAGUAUACGCAAAUAACUAGUUUUAUCUUAAUUAGCACACGGUUUUUGCUCUUUUUAGUCUCGAUACCGCAAUUUCCAUUUCGCACUGUUUACAUUGUAAAGUUGUUUUUGGAAGUAAGCAAUCAACGACUUUUUUCUUACUCCCGGAGAAAUGAGUUUUCUUCAUAGAGUAGCUUCGUAAAUUACUUAGAAGUAUAAUUCACUAGAAGCUCAAAGUGUUGCCAUUAGAAGUAUAAUAGCGCUGUUAAAUAUUUAUGCUUUGCUGCUUUAAAUGUUAUCUAUAAGUACGUUACGUUAAUAGCUUCCAUGAAUUUAAAAUAUUCGCAAUUGUAUAUUUGUAUCUUCGAUCGCCGUGAAUUAAUCGUGGAAAGCGAUAUUAUCGAUACGCACUUAUUGACGCAUAUAUUUUUUCACAUUCAACUACUGCACCAUUUGUUGUAUUAGAAUUUUAUACAUUAAACACGAAUAAAAAACAA